CAGAACUGCAAGGUUUUUACAUACAAGUUAUAUUCUAGUCGUUCAGGUUUCAAACCACUUAUUAAAAUCAAUGAAAGAAGAAAAAAGUGACUGUCGUGAAAAUAAACGUCACUGCUAUCAUAUUUCAUCACAGGAUUUUUGUUCAAAAAUUGUGAAAACUAUUAUCAUACUCCUUUCGUUUGAUUACAUCUGCUAGAUACCAUUCUUUGCGCAAACAUUAACAUGGAAGAAAAUUUUAAAAGAAAUCAAGACUUUAUCACUGAAAUGAACACGAUAAAAAUCGAGCGGCAGAUACAACUAAGAAAACAGUUGAGAGAUAGAAUGGUUGCUUUAGAAAUAGCAAAAUCGCGUGAACUUUUUUACUGGUUUGGUUCCUUCUACCUAAUUAGUCUGGUGGGCUCAAUAGCGGCAUACAGUCGCAAGCAAAGGUUAGUUACACUGUUACCACUAGUUCCUCUCACAUUUGUGACUGCAUACCAAGCUGAUUUGGCAUACGGGAACAAAAUUCACAGGAUUUUGGUUGAAGCUGAGCACAUCAUGCAGUUUGAGCAAGAACUUCUCGGCUUACCACUCGGGAUUCCCACUGCUGCCUCUAUAGACUUAGGACGGUUGCAAAAAGAUGAACAGAAGAAACUCCACCCACUUUUGCCUCAAACAUAAUAGUAUUGUUCAAUUCAAAAUUUUUAAGCUUACACGUAUUUCGAUGUGCAAUAAUUUUGAAAAUGACGUUUGUACAUUUUAAGACUUUUACCUGUUACCUAUUGAAAUCAAGUAUUUAAAGUGACAAUACCACCAGAAUGUUACAUUUAUCAAAUAAAGAUUCGAAAAAUAAU